GCUCCAAGCCUUGCAAUGUUUAUACCUUUCCUUUUGCAGGUGGCCACGAUGUUUGCGGUGAUGUUAGAUACUGAUUACAUGAACAAACCUAUGUUCAAAGAAAAUUUCAUGAGUGACUGGCGGAAAAUACUGGGAAAGAAUCACAUUAUUCAAAGCUUGGAAUACUGUGAUUUUACCCCAAUAUAUGAAUGGCAUCAGAAAGAAAAGGAGAAAAAGAAACAGAUGACUACAGAAGAGAAAAAGACCAUAAAAGAAGAUAAGUUGAAGCAAGAGGAGAAGUAUAUGUGGGCUAUUGUUGAUGGAGUCAAAGAGAAGGUUGGGAACUUCAGGGUUGAACCACCUGGAUUGUUCCGAGGUCGUGGAGAGCAUCCAAAGAUGGGGAAGCUUAAAAAACGUAUACAUCCUAGUGACAUCACUAUAAAUAUUGGAAAGGAUGCACCAAUUCCAGAGUGUCCUAUCCGUGGUGAAAGCUGGAAAGAAAUAAGACAUGACAAUACUGUGACGUGGUUAGCAUUUUGGAAUGAUCCAAUCAAUCCAAAGGAGUUCAAAUAUGUUUUUCUUGCAGCCAGCAGUACCUUGAAAGGGCAAAGUGACAAGGAGAAAUAUGAGAAAUCAAGGCUUUUGAAAGACUAUAUUCAAGGUAUAAGAGCUGCUUAUACCAAGGAUUUUGCAAGUAAAGAUCUCACGAAGAAGCAAAUAGCAGUGGCUACCUAUCUUAUUGAUAAACUAGCUCUUAGGGCAGGCAACGAGAAGGAUGAUGAUGAAGCUGAUACAGUUGGUUGCUGCACAUUGAAAGUAGAAAAUGUAGAACCAAUACCCCCAAAUAUUUUGAAGUUUGAUUUCCUUGGUAAAGAUUCUAUACGGUAUCAAAAUGAGGUUGAGGUUGAAUCUGCUGUAUUCAGGGCAAUCCAACAGUUCCGGAGUGGCAAAAAGGGUGGUGAUGAUCUUUUUGACCAGCUUGAUACAAGUAAACUAAAUGCUCAUUUGAAGGAACUCAUGCCUGGUCUGACAGCAAAAGUUUUCCGUACAUACAAUGCAUCAAUUACCCUGGAUGAGAUGUUGAGUAGGGAGACAAAGGGUGGUGAUGUAGCUGAGAAAGUAGUAGUUUAUCAACUUGCGAACAAGGAGGUUGCAAUCAUUUGUAAUCAUCAACGUACUGUCUCAAAGUCGCACAGUGCCCAGAUGUUGCGUUUGAAUGAAAAGAUAGAAGAAUUAAAGGGUGCUCUGGAAGAGUUGACGACAGAUUUGGCUAGAGCAAAGAAAGGAAAGCCCCCAGUGAAGGGUGCUGAUGGGAAACCGAAAAGGAAUCUGAACCCCGAAGCAUUAGAGAAAAAGAUAGCUCAAACAAAUGCGAAGAUUGAAAAAAUGGAACGAGACAAGGAGACAAAAGAGGAUUUGAAAACUGUAGCAUUGGGCACAUCAAAGAUCAACUACCUUGAUCCUCGAAUCACAGUUGCAUGGUGCAAACGUCAUGAAGUUCCUAUCGAGAAGAUAUUCAACAAGUCUCUCCUGGCAAAAUUUACUUGGGCGAUGGAUGUGGAUCCUAGUUUCAGAUUCUAAAUUUUUGGUAGUUAUAGUGCAGGACAUCCCCUCAAACUGGAGACAGCGAUAGACGAACCUGAACAAAGCUCGCUCAAUUGACUAUAUUUAUUUAUUUAUUAUUUCUGCAGAAAAUUCCUGUUGUACUAAAUCAUCUCAAUGAAAUUGAAAGUGAUUUUCUCCUCGCUGUGUUCUUGAGUAUGAUUUCUUUGUUCACGUUAACUUUUAGUUCAGACAGGGUGUUCCAAUGUAAUUACUGAAUUAUAAUUAUGAAUUUUGCUGAA